CUCCGACCGGGGACAGCCGGUUCCGGCCGCGCUCCCUCCCCGCCGGGGCGCCCUCCCUUCCGGGGGUCCCGGUCCCCAAGGUGGUCGCGGCUACGGCAUCCUCAGGCCAGGCCGCGGGGGGAGGGGGCGGCCUGGAGGCCGUGGCGGGGUCAGCACGGGCCACCGAAAGCAGGGCCAUGGAGCCCAGGGAGUCGGGGAAGGCUCCCGUGACGUUUGAUGACAUCACGGUGUAUUUGCUUCAGGAGGAGUGGACGCUGCUGAGUCAGCAACAGAAGGAGAUCUGUGGUUCUGACGAGCUGGUGGCACCACUGGGACCAACUAUUGCCAACCCAGAGCUCUUCUAUAAGUUUGAGCGAGGGCCAGAGCCGUGGCUAGCCAGUGUCCAGGGCCAGAGGAAGCUCUUGAGCCUCCACCGAGGAAAAAACAGGAUGGGCUUCGUGGAAGAAAUGGACGUGCAAAGUCCCGCCAGAGAAGCUGGACUCUACCUGCCCCCUCAGAAGAAAGCCUGUCCUUCCCAUUUCAGCUCAGAGGGUGGCAGCAUCCAGGGAGACUGCACAGGAAGAAGCAGAACACCGUUGAGACCGCGGUCCAUCCAGAAGUCGUGGUUCGCGCAGUUCCCGUGGUUGGUCAUGAAUGGGGAGCGGACGGCUCUCUUUUGCUCUGCUUGCCGGGAGUACCCGUCCGUCAGAGACAGACGGUCAAGAUUAAUAGAGGGUUACACGGGACCAUUCAAGGUGGAGACUCUCAAAUACCACGCCGAGAGCAAGGCCCACGUGCUCUGUGUCAAGGCCUUGGCAGCUCGGGACCCCAGCUGGGCAGCCCGUUUCCGGAGCAUCCGCGAUGUGUCUAGAGAGGUACUGGCCAGUCCGGGGCACCUCUUCACUGCAGAUUAUCCCGUAUUUUACCCCCCAGGGCCCCUGGGGGUCUAUGAUAACAUGGCCCAGCUCCUGCCCAGCUCGAGAGCUGCCCUGGAGGACCCUGGAGGGAGUGGAGCGAUUCCUGCGUGGUACCUAGACCGCAUUCCUGAUUUCAGGCGGAAGGAGAUUGCUCAUGACACCCGCAGCUCCUCAGACGUUAACACCUUGUGUAACGGCUCUGCUGAACCCCGUGGCCAGGACCCUUCUGAAGAGGGGCUGUUUGAGGAGGUUCCCGUGGUGUUUGAGGAUGUGGCGGUGUAUUUCACCCGGGAGGAGUGGGCCGCGCUAGACAAGCGGCAGAAGGAGCUGUACAGAGACGUGAUGCGGACGAAUUACGAGCUCUUGGCGUCGCUGGGGCCUGCUGCUGCCAAACCAGACCUGAUCUCAAAACUGGAGCGGAGAGCUGCACCCUGGAUCAGGGACCCAGACGGACCAGAGUGGGGGAAAGGCCGUCCUCCAGGGAAGAAGACGACGGUGGCCGUUAGAGAGGCGCGCACGCGGGCCUCGGCCGUAGCAUCUGCGCUGCUUCCUGCUCCUGCCGUGGAGACGUGCACCUCCCACUGCGGUCCCAGCCUUUGUGCGGUAGAAGCAGGUGGACGGGGGAAAAGCAAGAGGACUUUCAGACCCCGCGCGAUUCAGAGGUCGUGGUUUGGGCAGUUCCCGUGGUUGGUAAUCGACCCCAAAGAGGCCAAGCUCUUCUGCUCGGCUUGCAGAGACAGACCUAGUCUUCACGACAGGUCAUCCCGGUUAGUCCGAGGUUACACGGGUCCUUUUAAAGUGGAGACUUUAAAGUACCAUGAAGUCAGCAAAGCACACAAGCUCUGUGUCAACACCCUGGAAGUCAAGGAAGACAGCCCGCGGGCCGCCCUCGUCCCCGAGAUCUCCGGUGACCUGAUGGCCGACAUGGAGCACCUUUUCAAUGCCGCCUAUUCCAUCGCGUACCACUCGAGGCCCCUGAACGACUUUGAGAAGAUCCUGCAACUCCUCCAAAGCACUGGGACCGUGAUCUUGGGCAAGUACCGAAAUCGCACCGCCUGCACUCAGUUCAUCAAAUACAUCUCCGAGACUCUGAAGAAGGAGAUCCUUGAGGAUGUCCGGAGCUCCCCGUGUGUGAGCGUGUUGCUGGACAGCGCCACAGACACCUCCGACCAGUCCUGUGUGGGCAUUUACAUCCGCUACUUUAAGGGGAUGGAGGUGAAGGAGUCUUACAUCACUCUGGCCCCACUCUACAGCGAGACGGUGGAUGGAUACUUUGAGACCAUCAUCUCUGCCCUGGACGAACUGGACAUCCCCUUCCGGAAGCCUGGCUGGGUGGUGGGCCUGGGAACCGAUGGCUCAACCAUGCUGAGCUGCAGAGGAGGUCUGGUGGAGAAGCUCCAGGAGAUCAUCCCCCAGCUGCUGCCGGUGCAUUGUGUGGCCCACCGGCUACACCUGGCCGUGGUUGACGCCUGUGGAGGCAUCGACCUGGUCAAGAAGUGUGACCGGCACAUCCGAACCGUCUUCAAGUUCUAUCAGUCCUCGAACAAAAGGCUGAAGGAGCUGCAGGAAGGCGCGGCCCCACUGGAGCAGGAAAUCAUCCGCCUGAAGGACCUGAACGCUGUCAGGUGGGUGGCCAGCAAGAGGCGCACGCUGAACGCGCUCAUCGUGAGCUGGCCCGCCCUGGCCAGGCACCUCCAGCGCGUGGCGGAAGCAGGUGGCCAGAUCGGGCACAGGGCCAAAGGCAUGCUGAAGCUGAUGAAGGGCUUCCAUUUCGUCAAGUUCUGCCACUUCCUCUUGGACUUCCUGAGCAUCUACAGGCCUUUGUCCGAAGUGUGCCAGAAGGAGAUCGUGCUGAUCACGGAGGUGAACGCCACGCUCGGACGGGCCUAUGUAGCACUGGAGACCCUCCGUCACCAGGCAGGACCCAAAGAGGAGGAGUUCAAUGCCGGCUUCAGGGAUGGGCGGCUCCACGGCAUCUUCCUGGACAGAAUGGAGAUGGCAGAACAGCGGUUCCAGGCGGACAGGGAGAGAAUGAUCCUGACUGGGAUUGAAUACCUCCAGCAAAGGUUUGACCUGGACCGUCCCCCGCAGCUCAAGAGCAUGGAGGUGUUUGACGCGAUGGCCUGGCCAAGUGGGAUGGAACUGGCCGGUUUUGGGAAUGAUGAUAUUCUUGCCCUGGCCAGAUAUUUCGAACUCUCACUGCCCCCAGGAUACAGUGAGGAAGCACUGCUGGAGGAGUGGCUGGGCCUGAAAGCCGUCGCCAAGAACUUGCCAUUCUCCAUGCUGUGCAGGCACGCCCUGGCCCAGGACUGCCGCUUCCCCUUGCUCAGCAGGCUCGUGGCAGUGGUGGUCUGUGUGCCCGUCUCCACCUCCUGCUGUGAGCGCGGAUUCAGUGCCAUGAACCGGAUCAGGACCGACGAGAGGACCAAGCUCUCCAACGAGGUGAUGAACAUGCUCAUGAUGACAGCGGUGAAUGGUGUGGCGGUCACAGAGUACAACCCCCAGCCCGCCAUCCAGCACUGGUACCUGACCUCCUCAGGCCGGCGUUUCAGCCACGUCUACACCUGUGCCCAGGUGCCACCCCGCUCCCACACAAGGGCGGGGCUCAGGAAGGAGAAGAUGGGAGCGCUCCGCGUGGAGGAGGCCGUGACCCAGAAGCCGCCCAUCCCGUCCUACAGGGAACCCAUGGAGGUCCUGACGGACUGCGUCCUAGAGCCGCGCCACGGACUCCUGUGUCCCCACCCCAGCCAAGAGGCCCUGGGCUGUCCUGAUAAAGCGCUCCUGGCCUUCCUUUAGGAUGAGGCAAGCAGAAGCCCUUGGCACAGAGCAACCAAGAAAGGUUAUCGUCCUGCAGCUCCCAGAUGGGAGGAGUGUUUCCCUGGAGGGGGCCUGGCGUUUCCCACCAGUCGCAGCCCUUGUGUUGUGCUGAGCCCGGGUUUUCUACGGAGCAGAGCGGACAGGACAAGUUUGCACUUGGGGGGCUUGGGAUCCUGUCCCGACUCUGCUGCAGGCAGUGGUUCAACCAUGAUUAAUCCCUUCCUCUUUUCUGUGCCUUGGUGUUCCUCUCCAUGAAGUGGCAGUAGAGAAUCCAAGUGCCUGCUGGUGCCCCAGCUGCCACAGGACUGAUGGAUGACAGCUCCUCCAGCUCUGAAAGACGGCCCUCAGGCUGUAGAGUGGACUUGGCUGCCUUCAGCCCUUGUCCUUGUCCCUUGCCACCAACGUCCUUAUUAUGGGAAGAGGUGCUCUCUCAACAUGCCCUCAGCAUAAUGGUCUGGUCCACUCUUCCCAAAGUUGCUCUGGGGACCAGCUUGGGAAUCACUAGGGGUGUCUGUUUAAAUCUGUUUCACCCCAGACCCACCUGAUCAGAUCCCCGGGACGGUUUCCAGCAAGGCCGCCCAGGAACUUCGUGGGCCCCCUCGAGCAUGAGAACCACCACCCUGGCGGCACAGGGGGCGUCCCGCACUAUUUGGUUCCCGUUGUCCUCUUGCCAUCACCCCAUCUCCUCUUCCGCCCUGAAGUAAAGCACUUUUCCUUCCAGGGCAGCUGCUUUGGGCAGGCUCCUAGGCUGCUCCUCUGGCUGAGGAUGAUGUAGUGUCUGGGCCCCGCCUUCCUAACCACAGGUGGGAAACGAGGGCAGGUUAGAGGGAAGGGCUUCUUUGCCGCUGCCUUUCUCUUGUUCUAGACGGGCAGGAGGUAGUGCUCCGUCCUGGCCAUGCUGCCUGGCUGUAGGUGGGGUCCCUGCUCUGUCAUGCAGGUCCAAGUGGCCUGGCCCUCAGGCAGCCAUCUGUCCACUUCCCACUCCUAGAAGGUGCCGAAAGCCCCUGAGAUGCUGGUACCAAGUGUCUCACUGUCUGGCAGAACCCCUGGUUCCCGGUGUCUCUGACUCUCCCUUCCCAGCACCCCACCCUUAGCACUUAGCCUUCGCGCCAUCGCUUUCCUGUUUUCUUCAGCUUCGAGCCAGGAAUUCCGUUUUCGCUUUCUGCCUUUUCAUCUGUGGCACUGCCUCCCUGACAGCCCCGUGUUCCGGGGGGCUGAGGCGUACCACGGGCCCUUGGAGCUUGAACCCUGGCGGUGUUACUGUCCACGUGGCCACGAUGGAGCCCAGGCCUCCCUCCCCCAUUCGCGCAGGUCACUAUGGGGAGUUCAGGAAUCUGCACUCGGCCAGGCGCUGCGGGGAUGAGUUGGUGGGAUGGAAGAGAGGAGGGCCCUUUAAAGUGGGGGUUAGAGUCGCCACCCUAUCCAUAGCGAUUCAAAUUGAGGUGACUUUCUCGCAGGCAUCCUCCCCACGGCACCUUCCAUCCUUUAAGAAUCCUCAGGGCAAGAGGCUAGUCGAGCGAGCAGCGCCGUGCGUGAGUGCCACACGCACGAUUCCCUGUGCGAGUCUAGGCGUGGAGGUGGAGGCCAGCUAGGGACGCCGCCGCCUCUCCACAUCUGUGCUCUGAGGAAGCCUCCGAUGCCAGCUCGUGAGAAACUUGGGCCCCUUGGUGGUGGGGGGGCGGCGACUGAAAAUGCUAUUUGUCACAGGGAUUUGCACUACCCACUUUCUCGAGGGGCACAGGCAUGCCCUGGGUCCCCUCUGUUCGCUAAUGGCAGAGAGGACGCUCGCUGACAAUUUUGUGCAGGACCCCAGGCUGAGGCGUGGUGAGACCCCUUGCCCAAGCUGACAUUUCAUUUUGUUUCAAGAGACUUGCAGCAUUUCAGACCCCAGGGCCUGGAGACCCUGUUGUUGGAGAGCCUUCCUAUUUUUGCCUCACAGAAAAACAAGCUGAAGGGCGUUGGGGAUGGAAGGAGCGCAAGCUCUCUGCCUUUGGCCAGAGCCCUAGCCACGCCUCCACCCUCGUUCCCUACCUGCGAUCUCCGUAGACUGAUGCUCACAGGGCUGACAUUCUGAGUGACCAGCAUUUUAACUGACAGUUUGAGGUCAGUAGCCAUAGAGAGCAGGCGGGAAGGAGGGACCCCGACCCCUUGUUCUAGCCAGACACGUUGGAGUGUAAUCUACUCCAGACCCUUUGCUUCCCUCGAAGCCCGGGUUCAGUUCCUAGGGUGCUAAGUAUUUAGCAGGACAGUGUGAAGAUGGGCCGUUUCCCUCAUCCAAGUGUCUGUCACCCGAGGUCACCCCAGGUGAUUGGCCCAGGGAUGUUCUCUCCUCCUCUGGUUUCAAAGAUGUGCAAAACCAUGUGCAAAACAUGGUUUAAAAAACCAUGUCUGAGUCUCAACCUUUUGCUAUUUGAAUAAAGCAGAGUUUAU